CCCGCAGCUCAAGUGCAGUGUCUUUCUCGCUGCCCGUCUCGGUUGCCGCUUUCCCUGCGCACGCGCAACUGCCGCCGUCGCCACCGCCACUGCCGGAGUCCAUGGCCGGGACGCGCUGGGUCCUCGGGGCGCUGCUCCGGGGCUGUGGCUGCAACUGCAGCAGCUGCCAGCGCACGGGCGCCGCCUGUCUGCCCCUAUCCUCGGCUGCCGGUCCUUUCCCCGCAGGAGUGUCGGGCCGCCGCCGCCUGCUGCUGCUUCUGGGCGCCGCGGCGCAGACGCGCGGCCUGUACCCCGGGCCCGCGCGCUCCGGGAGGCUGGCGGGGACCCCGCCCGCCGCCGCCUGCUACUCGUUCCUGCGAGCCCCGCUCCUGCCCCAGUCGCUGGCGGCCACCGCGGGCCCGGCGCGCGAGGAGUCCAAAGCCACCUACCUGGAAGAGCUCACUGUGCUCCAGGAGUAUGAAUUGGCCCCCUCCAAGUUAGGCGAGGAAGUGGAUGAUGUGUUCCUCAUUCGAGCCCAGGGACUGCCCUGGUCAUGUACUGUGGAGGAUGUACUUAACUUUUUCCAAGACUGCAAAAUCCGCAACAGUGAGAAGGGAAUACAUUUUCUCUUAAAUAGAGAUGGGAAGCGAAGGGGCGAUGCCUUGAUUGAGAUGGAGUCAGAGCGGGACGUGCAGAAAGCUUUGGAGAAGCACCGCUUGUACAUGGGCCAGCGAUACGUGGAAGUCUAUGAGAUAAACAAUGAAGAUGUGGAUGCCCUAAUGAAGAGCCUACAGGUCAAAGCCUCCCCUCUAGUCAAUGAUGGUGUGGUUCGGUUGAGAGGACUUCCUUACAGCUGCAGUGAGAAGGACAUUGUAGACUUCUUUGCAGGACUGAAUAUAGUAGACAUCACGUUUGUGAUGGACUAUAGAGGGAGAAGAAAAACAGGGGAAGCCUACGUCCAGUUUGAAGAGCCAGAGAUGGCCAGCCAAGCGCUGAUGAAACACAGGGAGGAAAUUGGAAACCGAUACAUUGAGAUAUUCCCAAGCAGAAGGAAUGAAGUUCGAACACAUGUUGGCUCUCAUAAGGGAAGAAAAGUGGUGUCUUCUCCUACUGCCAAGUGUAUAACUGAACCAGAUGUGGUUUUUGAAGAACAUGAAGUAAAUGAAGAUAUUCGGCCCAUGACCACUUUUGAAAAUGAGAAGGAGAUAGAAUUGCCUAAGGAGGUGUUAGAGAAGGUUCCAGAGGCUGCGGAUCUUGGAGCCAUGCCUUCCCUGCAUGUUGUGCACAUGAGAGGGCUGCCUUUCCAAGCCAAUGCCCAAGACAUCAUAAAUUUCUUCAUGCCGCUGAGGCCGGUGCGGAUCACCAUGGAGUACAGCUCCAGUGGGAAGGCCACGGGUGAGGCUCAUGUGCAUUUUGGCAGCCACGAGGACGCCGUUGCUGCCAUGCUCAAGGACCGGUCCCAUGUGCACCAUAGGUAUAUUGAACUGUUCCUGAACUCAUGUCCAAAAGGAAAAUAAGACUUCAGGGAUUCCAGAUAAUAAGGGUGAAGCAAGAAGCAUUUCAUUUGCACAUGUUUCUUGGACAUGGAAUAUGAAGUUCCAGUUUAUUGGCAGCAGCUGCUAGAGAAAAGAUUUUGAGGUUUUUGGUUAAUUGUAUCUAAGAAAAAUUUGUAGUGGACUAAUUAGAAAGAGAAAGAUGCAGUUGGGGAUUAUGAAAUAAACCACAAAUUGUAAUUUUUGUUUAAGCUGCCCAGUUAAGAGAAACUGGUCUUUCUUUUAUAUAAUUAUAAACAGUUUGUUUUCAUAGAGAAUAUGAUACCCAUUGUAAAGACUACGUAUUUUUUUUUCAGCUGUAUUUGUUAAACUCUUUCGCCCAUUUAAAAAAUAAUCUGUUCAAGGUUUUUUGGUUUUUUUUGGUACUGGGGAUCGAACUCGGGACUUUGCACUUGCCAAGCAGGCGGCAGAACCACUGAGCUAAAUCCCCAGCCCAAGGUUUUGGGUUUUUUGGCCUAUGAAUUAAGAACUCUGAUAUAAAACCUCUCAAGGGGUUGAAAUAAUGAUAUAUUUUAACCACUCAUGAAAGCAGGGAAGGAUUUCAGACUUUUAAACCAGUAUGGUUUGGCAAAACAAGUUUUAAUUUUAGAUGUAUUUGGUUACUUAGAUGGGGGUAGGAAUUUAAAAAACAAAACGUGAGUGUAAUGACGAUUUGGCAGCUUUAUGUCUUUGGAAGUGUUUUGCCUUCUAAGCCUUUUAGCAUUGGUGCCUGUCUACUUAAGGGAAGUCAAGGAAACAAUGCAAGUCCCUCAUUUGCUUCUUCAGUGGGGUAGCACAUCCUAUAUUUUAGAACAAAUAGGGUGCCUUGCUUAGGUAAAAAUAGCAUUCACUGUGUAACUGUGUGAGGGGCUACGGAUCAAGCUGUACUUCUGUACACUGGCACUCCCUUCUGCUUUCAUGUUCAACAGCUUGUUAUUUUCAGUACUAGACAAGACGGCUGGCUUCCAAAUGUAGUCAUUAAUAAACUGUGUGCAUCUGUGUCAAGAGA